AUGACACGCCGCUACCAAAGUGUGAAGGUACGUACACGUAGAAUUAACAAAUGUUACGCCGCAAUACCAAAGUGUGAAGGAACGAUCCUGAGAUGGGUGGAUCCACCACCUUCCACCUUAAAAACAGAAACCGGAUUUAACACCACAUAUGAACUGAUACUUACAUCCGACUUCUACACCUGGGCAGUCACUCAAAACUUCUUUCAAACUAAAGGAUUCACCGAUGGUCCCACUGCGCAGGCGUGGUGUGAGAAUACGGUGUGUCCGUCGGCUUCUGCGGCCACAGCUGACAACUGUUGUAUCCAUCACGUGAAUGUCCACUCCUGUCCGAGAGCACGGACAAGCUUCUGUGGACCAUGGAUUCCGCACGACGGACAGGUGUUCACGCACUCGGAAGCCCUCGUGGGUCCAGUGCAGCAGGGAAAUUGGACAAGUUAUGUCCCGGGAUUUUAUGAAAGCGGAUUAACGUCGGUGAUUGCACAUUUUAAAGUGGCUGAUAUGCACUAUGCUUUAGAAACUGUGAUCAAUGUUGUUCCGAAAUCAGUUUGUGGAGACGGAACUUGUGACACGGACCUAUUGGAAGACUGCUCUACAUGCCCGAGGGAUUGUGGGAAAUGCCCGCUACAGGCACACGAGAUUGCUCUUAUCGUCGUCUUCUCCUGUCUUGUCGUCAUCGCAGGAGUCAUUGUAUUCAUUUAUUUCCAGUAUCAGAAACGAAAGCUUCUUUGGGAUGAAAGUUGGAUUAUUCCUUAUGAAAAAGUCCAAGAAGAUGAGGGUCUUCGUGGAGCUUUUGGUAGUAUGAUCAGUGUCAACAUGGGUGCCAGUACAGACCUGACCAGUGGUACAACAAGUAACAUGUCAAUGUCCGCUCAAAGAAAGCAAGUCUUCGCUAAAACAGCCAUUGUCGAGGGAAAAACUGUUGCUGUGCGUAACGUGAAGAAAAAGGAAUUCACUCUGACUAAAAAUAUCAGGAUAGAAGUUAAAGAAGUCAGAGAGCUGGAUCACCAGAACCUCUGUAAACUGGUGGGUUGUUGUACUGAAGUAGCUAACUUUUGUGUCUUAGUGGAAUAUUGUCCCAAAGGAAGCAUCAGUGAUGUCUUGUUAAAUGAUGAUAUUCCACUAAACUGGGCUUUCAGAUUUUCGUUUGCAACGGAUAUAGCUAGAGGGAUGGCCUAUUUACACUCCUACAAAAUAACUCAUGGACAUUUAAAAAGUAAUAAUUGUGUAGUAGAUGAUAGAUGGACUGUAAAAAUCGCAGACUUUGGUCUGACGGAAAUUAGGAGAGACGAUGAGAUGAUUCUUACUGAAGAUGACAAAGAAGACAGAUAUUAUAAAGAUAAACGUAACGAAGUCUACAUAGCACCGGAACUGAAAGGUGGCGCUAGUGUUCCAUCUUGUAAUGGUGAUGUGUAUUCAUACUCCAUCAUUCUUGUGGAAAUAGCCACACGCAAUGAUCCAUUCGGAGAUGAAGACCCUUUUGACAUUCCUAAAUGUUGGAAGCCACCUCUCCCCGAUUUAUCUCUGGAAAUGGCCGAAGAUGCUGAUAGCGCAUGCCCAUGCCCCAAAGACUAUAACUUUUUAAUUGCAGAUUGUUGGAAUGACACACCAAUAAACAGACCGACCUUUGAAAGCAUAAAAAAGACUCUACACAAAAUAAAUCCACACAAAAUGAGCCCAGUGGACUUAAUGAUGAACAUGAUGGAGAAGUAUUCAAAACAUUUGGAGUCCAUUGUUGCAGAAAGGACUCAAGAACUUGUUGUUGAAAAGCAAAAGACGGAUAGGCUAUUAUACAGUAUGUUACCUAAACAAGUUGCAGAUGAUCUGAAAAUCGGUAGGAGAAUAGAAGCAGAAUCAUUUGACGCCUGCACAAUCUACUUCAGCGAUAUAGUUGGAUUUACUUCCAUUUCCGGCGGAAGUACACCUAUCCAAGUGGUGGCGCUGCUGAAUCAUUUGUACACAACCUUUGAUUCUGUAAUCGACAAAUACGAUGUUUAUAAAGUGGAGACAAUAGGAGAUGCAUAUAUGGUUGUCUCUGGAAUACCUUGUCGAACACCCUUUCACGCACGCGAGGUUGCUGACAUGGCGAUUGAUCUGGUGUCUGAAUGUACAGUUUUCCAAAUACCUCAUUUACCAGACACUCCACUUAAGAUCAGAGUGGGAUUACAUUCAGGUUCAGCUUGUGCCGGAGUCGUGGCGUACAAAAUUCACAUCAGUAACUUUACAUACCUGGAGUUAAAGAACAUUGGUGGCUAUCAGUUUGAAAAACGUGGAACAAUACCCGUGAAGGGAAAAGGAGAUAUGGUCACAUGGUGGCUGCUAGGCAAUGAUAAAAAGGUUACCGGAAGUUCAAAUAAAGAUACUCCUCCAGUCCAGCAAACUAUUCUACCUCCGGAUGACAUUAAAAAUGAUAUUUCAAGUGAAGAACAAAAACAAGAUCUGAUUGACUACAAAGAAGAACAAAAUACCACCCUUCAGAAUAUGAAGGACACACCUUAUAUAUCAGAUGAUAAACUGUUCACCCCUGUAGAGCUCCAAGAUUUUGGUGUUUACAAAGAAGAACAAAAUACCACCCUUCAGAACACUGAGGACAUCAGUUAUAUAUCAGAUGAUAAACUGUUUACACCUGUAGAGCUCCCAGAAGAGAAACCCAAAACGAGGAAAAUAAGCCAGAUAAGUACAUCAAACGAUUCCGGAUACAACGAGAAGCAGGGAUCCGGAAGUCUGGAUGACGUCAACGAAAUUGUCGUGAAAAGCUAUGCUUCUCUAAAUGACGCGCUCUCUGAAGAACAGGAAAAUGUUCGAGGCAAGAAAACGACGCAUUUCUUGAUACCUGAUGGCCAUGAAUAGCUGUUAAUUUAUACAUUGUGAUAUUCCAGUGUAACAACAUGUUCUUCUCUUAAUAUAAAACAUA